AUGCUCACAGGCAGCAUUCCUAGAUACAUUGGUAAACUCUCUAAGUUGAUAGAACUCUACCUUUAUGAAAAUAACAUUUCUGUAAAAAUUCCAACAUCAAUUGGGAACAUCUCUCGAUUAAGUAUUAUUUUCUCAUCAAUGAAUAUGCUAGAGGGAAGCAUGCCAGUUUCUUUGGGUGACUGCAAAUACCUACAAGGAUUAGAUCUUGGAUAUAAUCGUCUCACAGGGCAAAUACCACUACAAGUCCUUGAUCUCUCUUCCCUUUCAAUUACUCUUGACUUGCAUCAUAAUCAUCUAACUGGGCCACUACCACCACAAGUAGGUAACCUGAAAAAUCUAGCAGAGUUGGAUAUUUCGGGAAACAAGCUGUCAGGUGAAAUCCCAAGCACACUUGGAAAUUGUCUAGUUUUGCAGCUCUGGUAUAUGGAUGGUAACCUUUUUGAAGGCACGCUUCCAUCAUCUCUGAAGCAAUUAAGAGGUAUUGAUGUUCUAGAUCUUUCUCGUAAUAAUUUUUCUGGGGAGAUUCCAAGCUGUCUAGGCGGGUUCCCAUUCAUUCAGAAUCUCAACCUUUCAUAUAAUUCAUUCGAGGGUGUAGUUCCAUCUGAAGGGGUGUUCAUGAACGUGUUUUCAAUUUUGGGAAAUAACAAGCUUUGUGGAGGAAUCAAGGCAUUGAAAUUGCCUGAAUAUCCUGCAAAAGUCUCUGAUAAAAAAGCAGAGUUAUCUGGUCAUGGAUUGAUAAUUAUUGUGAUCAGUAUUACUCUUUCUGUUGCAUUGUUAAUAGCAUGUCUUUGUGCUAUUCUUUGUCGAACCAGAAAGAGAAAAGGAAGAUCCUAUUCAGACCUUCAGUUGGGAAAUUGGUAUCCAACACUCUCUUGCGCAGAACUUCUUCAAGCUACUAAUGGAUUCUCUACAGCCAACUUGAUUGGUCAGGGGAGAUAUGGUUCUGUUUAUAAAGAAAAUCUCAAAUUUAGUGACCAAGAAGUUGCUGUGAAGGUACUCAACCUCCAACAACGUGGAGCCGACAAAAGUUUCUUGGCUGAAUGCGAAACAUUGAAGAACAUUCGCCACUGCAAUCUUCUCAAGAUCAUCACAUCUUGCUCAAGCAUAUGUUUCAAAGGAAGCGAUUUCAAGGCUUUGGUCUUUGAGUUCAUGCCAAAUGGAAGUUUAGAGAGCUGGUUACAUCCAAAUUUUUCUGAGCAACAAAAUUCAAAGUACUUGGAUCUAAUCGCAAGGCUAAACAUUGCCACCGAUGUGGCGUCUGCAUUAGAUUACCUUCACCAUCAUUGUGGAAGAACAAUCAUUCAUUGUGAUUUAAAGCCAAGCAAUGUUCUUCUUGACAAGGAACUAUGUGCCCGUGUAGGCGAUUUUGGCCUGGCGAGGUCUUUUCUAACUACCGAUGGUAUAUCCGAUCAAACGCAGUCACGUUCAUCCACUGCAGUUAGAGGAACAAUUGGGUAUGUAGCACCAGAAUAUGGUAUGGGCGCAAAUGUUUCAAAACAAGGAGAUGUGUACAGCUAUGGGAUCCUUCUACUAGAGAUGUUUACAGGAAAAAAUCCAACCAACAGCAUGUUUACAGACAAUUUAAGUCUUCAUAACUAUGCUAACAUGGCACUUCCAGAUAGAGUAAUGGCGAUUGCUGACUCUGAACUCAGAUCAGGAUUUGUAGCUGCUUCUAUAAGGACAAGCCAGUGCAACAUUGUUGGAUUAGAGGAGUGCUUGGUGUCAAUCUUUCAAAUUGGAGUAAUAUGUUCUGCUGAGUUGGCAAGUGAAAGGAUGGAUAUUAGGGAUGUUCUCUUGGAGCUCCACAUGAUUAGAAAUUUGUUCUUGCAGAAGGAAGAGAGAGUGUGA